GUCACGUCAGAGCGCAGCUGACGCAGAGAAACACGGGUCACUCAGUCUCCUGUUGCUCCAACUACUUUAAACCUUCGUGGGCUCAUGAGAGCAGCCGGAGACCGCUGGGUUCAGACUCUCCGCUCGUUCGUUUAACCGUGUCGCCUCCAACCUCGACGUGUUUGUGAAUGUCUCGUUUCACCCGGUGCGUUUGGACGCCGAAACAAUGCAGAUAAGUGCUGCGCAGCCGAGCUUCUGAGAUGGAGAAAACCUUUACAGAAGAUGACUGCGUGGAUUCAGGAGCCGAGACUGGAGGGUCUGAUUACAGUCCCUUGUCCUCAACGAGCAGUGAGUUAUCCAUGGGGGAGCUCCAGGAUCCGUUCCUCGUCAGCGUCCACCUCAUCGCUGACCCCGGCGAAGGCAAGUUCCUCCAGCGCGCCGCGGACGCCGUGCUGGCCUGGGUCCACCCGGACCUGCAGCUGUUCAGGGUCUCCGAGCGGGCCCCCGCGUCCCACCGGUCCCGGCAGAAGCGCCAUCAGAACAGCGGUCCGGCCGCCGCCUGCCAGCCGGCUCUGGCGGUCAUCCUCUUCCUGCAGGAGGCGUACGGCGGCGAGGAGCAGAUACUGAUGCUGCACCGCACCCUGCAGAGGCCCCCGUGGCGCUACCACCACACUGAGAAGGUCAGCAACGGCAGGAGGAUGCUGCCGCUGGCGCCUUGCAGCCAGGACUUCUUCACGCUGUCCGCCGGCACGCCGCUCUGGGCCGUGAGGCAGGUCCACUACGGGAAGGAAAUAGUGCGAUUCACGGUUUAUUGCCGCCACGAAAACUAUGUCGACAUGGUGCGGCUUUACAAGCUGCUGCUUCAGAGGAGGGUCGCUCAAAAGAAGGAGGACUUCUGCUUCUUUGUGGUGUACUCCAACCCCGACAUGGAGAUCCAGCUGUCCUUUAAGAGGCUCCCGCGGGGUCAGAGCCCCGUGGUCCUGGAGUCAGCGGUGAUGGAGGUGAGGGUCAGGGACGUCGGAGUCCUGGUGCCCCUGCUGCCUCACCCCUGCAGCCCGAUCAGCGAGGUGCGCUGGCAGACGGAGGACUACGAUGGAAAUAAGAUCCUGCUGCAGGUCCAAAGUGGACACUUCAAACACAGACCUGACCCCUGCCACAUGUCGUCCACCAUCUGCGAAUCGGCCUCGGCCCCGUCCACCUUCGCCCGCAGCGGCACGUCUUACCGGAGCCGACGUUAUCACCAGCGGACGUCGUCCCGCCCCAGAGCGCACCAGACGUCCCACGGCUCCGUCCCCGCGGCCUGCGAGGACCCGGACGAGCACGAGCAGUGGUCCGACCGCCAGCACCCGGACAGCUGGAGGUCCCAGUGGAGGGGCCACCGGUCGGGCUCCCUCUUCUCGCUGCCCAACCUGGGCUCAGCCAGCUCCCGCUCCACCUGCUCCUCGCCCGGGCCUUCUCCGAGCCCCCACCACAGGAGCCACUCCCUGAACCGGAGCGCCUCCCUGGUGCCGCCCUUCCGGCUCAACGUGGACGCCCUGGUCGGGGCGGAGGAGACCGACGUGGACACGGGGAACAAAGUGAAUCCGGGCAGCAGCGUGGACCUCUCGGUGGUGUCCGCGUACAUCAAAUCGAGCCUCCCACAGACUUCACGGCCUUUAUCAGCCCCGCCGCAGGACCUCGGACCAUCCCUGUCGCCGGUCGUCCCGGAGAACACCCGUAAAUCGGCCACUCUAGGUCGGACUCCAAACGACUUCUCGGUUAAAAACACUCCCUCCACCUUUUUGGGGUCGCGACCCCAGAGCAUCAUCCUGAACAGAAGCGCUGCUCCGUCCUCCUCGAGCGACAUUUCAAUAAACCAGUCAGACAGUGGCAGCAUAAUAAGUGUACCAACUGGAGAUGUGUACAAAGCAGCAGAAGAAGAUGAAGAAGAAGAAGAAGACCAAGAGUUCUACAUUUGAUCAAAUGUUGAAGGCUGAGGGGAUUCCCUUUCACCAAUCAUCACACUCUACUCUGCCCCCUGGUGUUUGACAGGAAAACAACAAAAAAAUGUAGCACAAGACGUUUUUAAGUAUUUGUUAAUGUCACAUUUUGUUGCGUGUAGAUUAAAGCUUUGUAAAUAUCUUCUCACAUAUAAUACAUUUAACGAAUCAACCACAUUACUGUGUACAGAAACACCAUAAAAUAAAAUAAUUUUCAAGUGUGCUGCACGCCACCAUAUUAAGGGCAUGUAGCAACCUUGACUCUCACUUGUAUUUCCUUAUAGGUGUUUGGUUGAAUCUGCAGCUUUAGUACAAGCAUCAGUGUGAGUAUAUAAUUAACUUCACCUGUAUACUGAAUAAUAUCUUCACAGUGUAAAGAAUCUUUGGCACCGGAUUUAGCGAGAAUGACGACAAACUGAUGCAUUUUUUGUAAUUAAAUCAUGAAAGGUUUGUAUUAACGGAUGAAUAAAGCGCUUGAAAAAGUCCAGAUAUCAUGAAUUAAAGUGUAUUGUUACAAUUAAGUGAAGGAUCUGAACACUGUUAACUUACUUUGGUGCCUAAUUGGCAAUAAAGCCUUUUAAAAGUUGACUUUUAAAUGCGAUAAAUUAGUUGUUGACAGGUGUGA